AUGUCUCCCUUUUCCUCCCUCGUCUCUCGCCGUGGUGGUGGUAGCCGUGGCGGACGUGGUGGCUCUGGAUCGUUCGGAGGUCGGGAGCGGAGUCCCUAUGCCGGCGAAGGUAUCCUGAACUUUGGUCCCGGGGAAUGGAGCAGCUGGCCCUUCCCCUACACUAACCAGGAUGGGAACCCUCGUCUUCCUCGUACGCACGCGGAGGGUAUCCAGUCCCUCAUCCAAUACGCUAAACGACCAGGCGGUAACCAGGGUCAGCUUCAACUCCCAGUUGGCGGCGAUGAGCUUACCCGGAUGUGCACAACUCCGGUGCAGCUCGCGAUCCUUCGGGGUCGUGGACGCCCUAUCUGGCAUAUACGAGGCAACAUUAAUGGGCAGCAAAUUGUCUCCCAGCGACCCUCCCUUACGAGGCGUGUGUGGACCGGUGCAAACCUUUUCCGCAGUGUAUCCGACUCCCGGGUCAGUUUGGCGGCUGUUGUGGCAAUUCCAUGGCCACGGCACCCACCUCGUCCCUUACCCACAACGGAUAUUAUUGACCUAACGGACGACCGGAGUGUCGUCCGGUCGGCCCAAGGGCUAUCCCGUCGGGCCUAUCAACGUCCUCGUGCGGAUAGCGAGGUCCAAGAGAUCACUAUAGUGGAUUUGACUGAAGAGGAGGAUAACCGGCGUCGGACCGAGCCUUCUCAACUUGCUUGGUACGAAGAGGCCUAG